ACCUUGAACGUUGUUACAGAUGGGUCCACCGGGGUGGCUGUUACUAGUAUACUGUUUGGACGUUCUGGCGACUCUAGCGACAGGGCAACCAUGUGGAGCAGGUUUGAUCCUCACCUAUGUGAAAGUACCGAACAUGCUGCCUCGGACAGUAUAUCAGCCUACACUACUACAUGCACAAGCUCCAGGCGUUGCCAUCACUGCAACUUGUUAUAACAGUUGCCGAGAUGUGCCUGGCUGUGACGGGUUUAUCGUAGACUACAAGCAGGGUGCAUGUUACCGCGUCAAUGUGGGCAGGCAGUAUGAGGAGUACUACCAUCAAGACAAUGUUAAUUAUUUCAGAAAAGUCUGUUUAAACGUACCCAGAGACUGUGCGCGAAGAGCCUGGCCUGUUGAAUAUAUUCCCGGCUACAAGCUGCUUGCUGAACAACACACAGUGCUGCCCAACAUUGCUGACAAGUGGCAAUGUGCCCAGAUAUGUCUGAACCAGACAACACUAGAAGGGUUGCCGUGCCGAUCAUCACAGUACCAGGCGUGGUCACGUACUUGCACACUAAGCCAGUAUGACAGACACACCAACCCCGAAAGUUUCUCCCCCACCAUUGCCUCGGACAGAGAGUUUGAGUACAUGGAGAACCAGUGCCCCAUCAGAAAUAAUCAUAACCCAGGGAGCUUACCUGGUAAUGAGGAAUACUGUUGGCAUGACCCUGUUUACAAUAAAACAUCCAUGCGCCCAGAUUUAGAAGUAGACAAUCUCUCUCUCGAUCAAUGCCAGGUGAGAUGUCAGACAGAAGUCUCAUUCCGCUGUACAGCUUACACGUACCAGUGCCCUGCGUAUGGCAAUAUCAUUUCUCGCUGUCUGCUCCACUCUGACGAGGCCCAGGUCAGGAUCUCUGCUCUCUCUCCCUUGCCUUGCGCCACUUACAGGGAGAAGAUCUCAUGUUUGGAUGUGAGAGUGUCCUGUUCUCCACAAUCGCUGACUGUGACAUUGCAAGACAAGACAUUUACCGGCCAGAUUUUUGUGUCAGGACACGCCUCUCAGUGUACUGCUGGAAACAAUGGUCAGGGUCAAGUCCAACUGAUCAUCCCUGUUCCUGAGUCAGACUACUCUCCAAAUAGAUGCAAUGUACAAAUAAUCCGUUCUAUUGGUGAUUAUAACAGGACUGUGGUGUCAGCUGUUGUGGUGAUCCAGCAUCACAAGCUUAUCCAGACUGUGAGUGACAGAGUUGUCAAGGUCAGUUGUUAUCUGGACAACAACAAUAUGGUUCCUCCGAUCUCACAGUACAACAACCUCACACUGAAUGCCUCCUUUUUUGUCAAGGAUCCAGAAAUCGUCCAAAAUGUGAUAGAAGGGUUCGGAUCCAAUGCCAGCUACCCUCCAACGGCGAUGAUGAGAAUAGUGGAUGUGGCAAGAGGAGGCGUUGUAGCAUCACAGACAGACCUGGGAGAUGAACUUGAACUCCAGAUAUUUGUUGAUCCACGUUACAACGUAUCAAUGAUCCGAGCAGGCCACCUGGUUGCAAGCUCAGGAUCAGGACAGGAUACUCUGCUACUGCUAGACAGUAGAGGAUGUCCACCUGACCCUUCCACUUUUCCUGCCCUCUCACCCCUUAACAGCUCAGCUCUCAUUGCCCGGUUCCGAGCCUUCAAGUUCCCUGACUCCAACGUGUUGCGGUUCAGCAUCUUCCUCACCUUCUGUGUUUCUGUUUGCCAGCCAACUGACUGUGGAAAUGGCAUAGCUUCUUAUGGUAAGAGACGAAAACGAUCUACAGACAAAGAAGAAAUCAUGGCCGAAGUUCCAUUACAGCUGGAAAUUAUCGUCAAGACCUCAGAAUUUAAGAAUGAGACCUCACCCAAGCCACAAAUUUCUGGCAAUGUGACAGAGGAUAUACGAGAGGAACGAGUGAUAGAGCAAAGCAGUGAGUUAAUGUGUGCCUCACUUGGUACCACGGUGCUGUUUGGUGCAGCCUGGGUGGUGCUGCAACUACUCCUGUUGGUUGGAUGCUGCUGGGCACUAGGGCGACAUGAACGCCAAAGUGACAGAGUCAGCCUACAGUCUGACUUUCAGCCCAAACAUGUUAGCUGGGGUGAUACAUCACAUCUUACCUAUCCCAAAGAUUCACUGCCACACACUCCUGCUGUCCAAAGUUAAGCAGACAGCUGGAGUGUCCAUGUACAAAUAGAUAUGUGCAUAUUUACAAUUAAGAACAUGGAAGACUGGAGCAGCCAUUUUUCUUUGUGUUUAUUUUGUUUGUAUUGUAACUUUUAAUAUUUUUAAGUUGUAUUAUUUUUAUGAUUUUUUUUAGCAAUUGAGAAUUAUGAUAGCAAUAAAAUUUAAUUGUUUUAAACCAAUAUCGCAAUUAUGACUAGUCAAUUAUUUCGGGAUCAAACUGUAAAACCAAAAACUUAAAAGACAGAUCAAACGUUUUAUUUGAUAAUUAUUUUAGUAUUUAUUUUAAUCACUAUUAUAUUUACUAAUAGGAGACUAUUUCCUUGUACAAAUAUUUGCAUUGUGUUCAAUUUUCCUAUUUAUAUGAGUUAUUUUUGUACAUACAAAGUGGUACCCUACCUAAACAAAAAAAAACCAACCAUACUGUUAGAAACCAAACAAACAAACAUUAUCUUAUCUAUCAUUAUUACUUAGUUCCUUAACAUUAACAUAACAUUUUACUUCAUAAGUGUUUAGUAAUAAAAUAAUGUAAAUUUAUAAAAAUAAAUAAAAAAUUGUUUAAUGAUU